CUUGGACCAGUCAGGAGUGCAUGAAUAUUCACAUGCACUCCUGAUUCUAUAUAAGAUUGUAAGAUAAUACUUAGCUAUAGUCUUGAGUGUAGCUAGUAUAGACUAGAUCUACUUGCAGUCUUAAGAAGCAGACUCAACUACUGCUGAGAUCAUGGGUUCAACAGAAUUGAAAGUACUUCUUCUCCUAACAAGUCUGAUUGUUUGCAAUGCGCAAGAGCAACUGAUUCACGUCAAACCCGACAGCUGCCCACAAGAGUGCUCCUGUUCCUACCAGUUCCCCGACUGUCAGACUUUGUCUGAGUACGCACUCAAUACAAUUAGUGACCUCCCUUCCAAGUUUAUGCUAACUCCUGGUGAAUAUUACCUUGAUUCAGACUUUUCGAUAAAUGGUACAAGUACUGAAAGUUCAGGAUUCUCUCUACUUGGAGCUGGAUAUGAAAAUACCACCAUCUACUGUCGACAAAAAGCCACUCUAUCAUUUGAUGGUUUGACAAACUUAACUGUACAGAACGUGGCCUUUGUUUCGUGCGGUGAAGGUGAUUUGCCUGGUAUCAGCUUGACCAACAUCAACACAGUGAAGAUGAUGGACAUGAGUGUAACUAACACCACCUCUGGUGCUCUCUACAUUAAAGACAGCUCAAAUGUUGAGCUCACUAACCUUGCGAUUACUAAUAACAAAAACUCAUUUGCUACAAUUGUCGGUAUACAAAACUCAAAAAAUAUCACAUUAACUGAUCUAAACAUAUUUAACAACAGUAUUGGAGAAUAUGAUUCUAAGUGUGUCUACAGCAGCUUUCCUAAUGCAGAAGAGGUGGUGUUUCAAAUCGAUGGUGGUUUCUUAACAGCUGGGAGUAUUCAUGCGAUUGAUAAUGUUGGACCGUUUGGUGUGCUGGCCUUGAGUAACGUUGAGGCAGUUGUCAAUGGAAACUGGUCAUUUAAACGAAACCUUGUGUGUCUAGGUGGCUCAUUAUUCCUGAGUGAGGUGAAAAUUGAAUUUUCUGGGACUCUAUCCUCCAGUGAAAACAAGGAGAUCAGUGAAAAAUACAAAACCACUGCUGGAGUAUUUCUCAGUUACAGUCAGGUUAUUCUAAAUGGGACCCUUGAGUCUAUUGAAAGUGAAGGGUACAUCACAUCAAUUCAAUCUGUAGGCUCUAAUAUAUCUUUAAUGGAGGGAGCAUCUCUACUUCUAAUGAGCAAUCGCAAUGGAUUCGAAUUGAUGUUACUAGAAAAAGGAUCAAAACUGAUCAUCCUCAACGGAACACUAACGGUUUGUAAUAAUACAAUACGUCAAAGGCUUAUUCUAGUUGACACUUCUCAAUUGAUAGUUAAUGGUCAUAUAACGUUUAUCAACAAUCCAAUAACUCCUUUAACUGGGUACAAAGGUACUAUUCACUUGUACGGUCAAAUCAACUUUCAAGAUAAUUCUGGAAUUAUGUUCGCCGUGACAUCUGAUUUGAAUGUAAACGGCAACUCAACUUUUUAUCGGAACAAUGUUUAUGAUGGCUUCAAAGAUGGUGCUUUUACCAUUUUACAAAAUAGUACAUUAGCAUUGGGUGGCGAAUAUUUGUUUAUUGAAAAUCACUAUGACAAUGAAAACGGUGGUGCAAUACAUGCAACAUUCCAAUCAAUUGUUAGGUUCAGCGGAAAUGGAAUAUUUCGAAAUAACUCAGCAAAGAAUGGAGGAGCAAUUUACAUCGAUCAAAAGUCUCGACUUGAACUUGACAAAGAAACUAAUCUCCUGUUUGAGUACAACUCUGCGGUAAAGGGAGGUGCCAUUUAUAUUGAAACAUCUCUCGAUCACGUUCAGUGUGUUAAAGAUCCGAAUGAAUGUUUGUUUCAUCCUAUCAAUCUUGGAAAUCUGAAUGCCUCUCUCACAUUUGAACACAACAAAGCUUACCCUGGGGGCAGUGUCAUACAUGUCAACUUCGAUAUCAUAGAUAAUCCAGAGAUCACGUAUCCAGCUUUGGAGGACUUGAAUAAAACAUUCAACGUAAAGUCAGGAAACAAUUCAAUACCAACGUUUGCAUCUGAUAGUUAUUGGUUUUGUUUCUGUGAAAAUGAUUCAAGGAAAGGUUGUGCAAGAGAGGACAAUUCAAUUAACGUGUCAGCAAGCAAGGGAAAACCAUUUUCUGUGAUGGUGAAGACACUCAAAUUUUAUGGGGAAAAUAUGUCAGAACCUAUUCGAAGGAAUUUACAGUCUGCAUUGAAAUCGAUUGAUACUGAUCAUACUACAACGUCUUCUCUAACUACUGACGGAAAGCUUCAGCGUGCUAGUCCUGAAGAAUGCAUGGAAGUCAGUUUUACUGUGAAAUCCAAGGAAGAUAUGGAAGUCCUUGUAUUGAAUGUGGGCGAGUCCUUUCUGGAUGAUGUGAAAACACUUUAUGUAAAUGUACAUUUUAGCGAGUUGUGCCCAGAUGGUUUUCCAAGUGACGAUAAUUACAGCUGUGUUUGUGAUGAGAAAAUCAGGGAUUAUCUACAAAGCUGUGAGAUAACGGACGAAAACUUUCAAAAGAGAAUCGAAUAUCAAAGCUAUUGGAUGGCACCAGCAAAUCAACCUAAUUAUCAAGGAGCAAUGAGUUGGUACGAAAGCUGUCCUAACCGAUACUGUAUUACAGAUGGAAACUUCACUUUUUCGGAUGAUGGUAUUUGUGUUAACAAUAGGUCUGGUGUACUGUGUGGAAACUGCAAAAAAAAUACUAGCUUAAUGCUUGGUGGUGAUGUAUGUGGGGACUGUUCAGAUAAUGCACACUUGGCAUUUCUGGCUCUUUUUGCAGUGGCUGGAAUACUAGUAGUUGCCUUGGUCUUCCUAUCGCAAAUCACAGUGACUGCGGGAACUAUAAAUGGACUCAUCUUCUAUGCCAACAUUUUGAACAGCAAUCAGACUGUGUUUUUCCCCAAAGGAUUUUUCCGUGGCUAUACCAUCUUCAUAUCAUGGCUGAACCUCAAUUUUGGAAUCGAAACAUGCUUCUUUGACGGCAUGAAUCAGAUUGCAUACAGCGGACUACUAUUUGUAUUCCCAGUCUACAUCUGGAUACUAGCAGGCCUGAUUGUUGUUCUAUGCCGAUACUCGAUGAGAUUAUCGAAGUUUUUUGGUAACAGCGACCCUGUAGCUGUUCUUGCUACCAUAAUAUUUUUGUCUUUCAACUCACUAACUCAGAACAUCAUCAGUGUCUUCUACUAUUCAACUAUCAAAAACCCGGAUAACAUGAGAACAGUAGUUUGGAGAUACGAUGGAAAUGUUGAUUUUGCCUCUGGGCAUCAUUCGACUCUUAUCAUUGUUGCAUCAGUGUUUCUCCUAUUGCUACUGAUACCCUACACGCUUGUACUGUUCUCUGCACAAGUUUUACUGAAAAACGAUUUCAUCUCAAGAAUGAUUCGACGAUUGAGACUUCAGCCUUUCAUACACUCAUACCUGGUCCCUUUCAAACCCGACCAUCGCUACUGGGUAGGACUCAGUCUUUUAAUGAGAGCCGUGCUACUAAUUAUAUUUGCAUUCGGAGAAAACAAACUUAUAAACCUUCUUGCUAUCAUUACCACUUGUAUUGUUGCUCUAACUAUGUUCAAGUUGACUGGAGGAAUAUAUGACAAGAGUUGGAUGGACACACUGGAGAUGUCCUUCUUGGUGAACCUAGGUGUGCUUGCAGCAGCUACCUCAUAUUCACUGAAUUCUUCAAUCAACGGUUAUAGAGAAAUUGCCACAUAUAUAUCGAUUUCGAUAGCACUACUAACAUUUAUCGGGAUUAUAGUUGUGCAUGUUUACUGGCGACUCAAGAAGAUGCCUAUGAUGAAGAAGAGGAUGGAAGCUCUAGCCAAUAAUUUAAAAGUGCAAUUACCCAAGAGACAAAAGCUAAUUAUAAAUGAGCCGGCUGAAUUGGAGGCUAACAAAUUCACUGAAAGUGUGGCUGAGAUGACACCAGUAUCUCAUGUUGAUCUCAGAGAGCCAUUAUUGGAAGCCAGCUACAUUGAGACUCGUCCUCAGUUAUUUUAGAUCUAUAUAAACUGCUCCGUUAAACUUCUUAUAACAUCGUUAGUAUACUAUGAAACAGUAAGCUUGUAUAAUUAUAUGCAUUUGGUUUUUGUGUGAGUUUGUAAGUCCUACGGAGUAGCUAGUGUCUUAGCUAUAAAAAUUGUAGCUCUAGUAUUUAUAUUUUUUAUAUCUAGCUACAUGUAUAAUUAUGCUGAAAUAAAGAAUUGUAUUGAAAAUUA